AUGCGAGGAUUGAAGAAAUCAAAAAGAGUUUGUUGGGCAUCAGAUGUUAAUCUUUGUCAGGCAAGGCUGUUCCUAUCGGAGGAAUCUCCUUCACAAGUCGGGUCGGGAAGCCAUCCUGCUAGCCAAUUGCAGAUUAAGGUGCCAGAAAUCCCUGUGAUAAAAUGGAGAUGUCCACCCAGGCUUAUCUUGAACUUGACUUGGCAAGUGGUUUCUGGGGAGGAAAGCAAAGAGAUGGAGGUUCAAAAUCAGAGAGAAAUGAGAGUGCUUGAAGCAGUUUAUCCUCGACCGUCUGCCAUUCCUCCAAACCCCGCGUUUACUGUGGACUCGGAAAGCUCUCAGUGUAAUGAUCAUCAAAUUCCCCUGAUUCCUAUUACCCCCAUUGAAGAUGAAGAUGCAGCAGAUGCACCAUCUGAUCUAAUGGGACCAUCAAUGGUUCCGAUGAGUCCACAAGCCCAACUAUUAGCGUCUUGUGUUCCAUCCUCCCAAAGCAGCAUUCCCAGCAUUCCAACUGAGAAACCCAAAAUUGAUCUCCCUGGUGUUGAACCUGAAGUAGCGGCUGCUGCAUCUGCUGCUUUUGCUGCUGUCAAUAAAAGCAACGAGCAGGGAAGUUUGAUAGACCAUGACCUGCUCAUUAAAAUUCUCAGCAACCCAAAAUUGAUUGAGAAGUUGGUCACUGAUUAUGGAGCUGUGGCCAAUGCACAGAACAUUCCUAAGCCCCCUUUGUCGGAUCCUCAACCUCCUCAUGCAACUUUGCCCAAUCCAGCUCAUGUUCAAAUGACUAGAACAGAAUCCAGUACACAAGCAUCAUUAACUGCGACUCCAAGUGGAUCAUUCUAUGCACAGCCAAAUGGGGCAGGAAUGGGGGUUCUUCCUAGUGCACGGAUUCCUCCAGCAGCAGUUCCAUCCGCAACUAUUGGAGGGACACAAGCGAAGGACAUAAACUAUUAUAAGAACUUGAUUCAGCAGCAUGGAGGUGAUAGGCAAGAAACACCCCAGCAGUUUGGUAGCCGUUACAAUCACCAUGUAGGAACAAACCAAGAUUUAGUUAAUUCUAAGUCAAGGGAAUCGAAACACAAGAUUAUGAAGCCUUGUAUUUACUUUAAUACUUCAAGAGGAUGCCGGAAUGGAGCCAAUUGUGCUUACCAACAUGAUACAUCGACCCAGCAAAAAGGCAGUAGCAUAGCGGAGGUGCAGAGCGCAAAGAGAAUGAAAAUGGAUAGGGAGAUCAGUAGCUAG